AUGUGGUACACUGUGGAUGGUCGCGUAAUGACAUAUCUACAUCAUUACACAUCUUCCACCUUUGUUGACGUGUUCAAGAUAGCAUCAGCUCUCCCAAGACCUUUCUCGCCCGCGCAUCCUGAGCUCCAGCUGCAGCCGACAAUGGAGGGCCGUCGCGGGAGCCGCUUCGGCCUGGACUCCUUGCAUCGGGGCAGCAUCGCUGCAGACGUCCUUGAACCUCCGAAUUUCGAGACCCUGCUUCGAAACAUCAACCGCGACCAGCCAGUCUCCGGUGCUGUCGACGAAGCCGAACGCGCCGCCCGUCACCUGCACAGCUUCGGUGCCGACCAGGCCAUAGCCAUCUGGGAUGCCGCGAGCUACCUGCUAGACCACGCCUCCGCCGAUGCAAGAAAGGCCGGCUCAAACCUCCUCGAAACCAUCUGUGGACGUCAAGACCUCUCACUCUCCGCUCGCCGAGACCUAUACACUUCCAUGUCCCGUCCCUGCUCCCCCGAUCUCAUACCCUCGCGAGUCAGGGCCCUGGUGGCGCUGGCAGACCACGGCAGAAAGAUAGACUUUUCCGACGAUUCUGCACUUCCAACAGUCGUGCCGUGGAUCGUUCCUCUCUAUGACUCCCUUGCGUCAACUCGGGCUAAAAACAAAAAGCUGGGAAAGCCGUAUAACUCAUCAACUCCAGAAGAAGCAGCCUUUGGCGAUUUGUUCCAGCUAAUCGUCGAUAUUGUCACCUUACAGCGUCAAUCGCCGGCCGCAGCUGAUGUUGAGUCACUCCUCGAAAACCUUUUUGUCGUGUGCAAAAGCACGCAUGUGACCGGAGAUAUAAAGCACUCUCUUGCCGUCUUCGACGCAAUCAUCUCGAGCAUCACCGUCCCGUCAUCAAGCUUCAGCGCUCUAUUAGACGUCCUGUGCAGCAUCCAUGCCUCGAUCAAGUCUCUAGCCGGCCCCACGUCGCGCGUUGUCCGUAAUCUCGCCAAGUCGAAGAGCCAGAAAGAGAUGGUGGGCUUACUGCACGCAUUCCUCCUCGAGACUCCGGUCGGGCCCGAUCGCAAUCUGAAUGUGACUCGCGGCGCAGUCGACAUUUUCAGAGACCUAGUCGCCGGGUACGGCCAGGAAGGCAUGCCAAGCCUCUCGUUCGAUCUCCUCAUCAGCUCCUUGCAGCACGCCACGAACAAGAACGAUGGCCGCAUCGACACCGACAUCCUCGAAGUUUGCCUGAAUAUGCUGCAGGGUGACUAUCUGGACGUCGCACUUCAAUACAACUGGACCAACUUUGUCCUCGUUAUCCUCACUUCUGCCAGACGAGUCAUCAACCCCCGCCCUCAGUCUACCGACACGGCCUCUUCGAAAGCCAACACCUCCGAUGACGUGAAGUCUAAUAUAUCCGCUCAUAUCACUCGCAUCGCUUCCUCUAUGGAAGCCACCUGGCCAAGACUCGGCGGAAACCAGAAGAUAGACGUUUUGCAUCUGUUUAUGAAGGUCCACAUGCAAUUAACCCCCAGUCAGGCAGAGUUGGCGCUGCGAUUGCUCAGUGUGCAGAAACUCUGUCACAUCGGAUGUACUGACUGGAUCCCCACAUCAUGGGAGCUGAUGCACAACUUCAUCCUUGCCCGCGAUAAAACGACAGAAGUUCGCAUUUUGGCCCUAGACAUCUACAAAGAUGCGUAUCGUACUGAAGAUGCUUCGUCGAUAUUCGACGCAGAGGGGUUUACGGAUGCCCUACUGCACAACUUUGAAGAGGAAACAUCUGCAACCUUCCUCCGAGAACUAGUUUCUUUCCUUGUGACGGUAGCUCUCAGCUGUGAUGAGCAACUGUUCAAGCGGCUCAUAGACGUCUUGACCUUGCAAAUGAAAGCCGAUGAGAUCAAAGAAGACCUUUCGCCAACGUCCGUGUCAUCGCAUCCAGUAUCCCAUUCCAUUCCUCUGACCAACGUUCUCCUACCUUCUCUGUCAAACGUGUCCUGCCUCGGCUUAGUGCGAAUAUUCUUAAGAUCUCUAGUGGGCCACCCGUCGAUCAAUCCAUCUCUCGUUUUUGAAAAAUUGAUCGAUAUUGCGCGGUCACCACAACGUCCAUCCGAUGCACGGCUAUCUGCUCUAAAAGUCCUUUUCAGAAUCCGGUGUGACUCUGCAGGAGCCAUAUAUGUAAUCCCAACAGUUGACAGCAGCUUUCUGAUCAACGUUCUGUCUCGUACCAUCGAUGUGACCUCACGACAAAGCGUAACGGAGGACUCGUCGAGCGACCGAAAGCCGAGGAACGACAGCCAAAGCGGUAGACUAUCACUUAAAGAACCUUCUUCUGGUCCUUUGGUUUCGGAUACCCCACGUGCGGCGAGCGAGAGCCGUGCAGUCAAGUGGAAUUCUCCAGUGUGGAUCGGAGACGAGAGCAACAGUCUGCCCGAGGAGCCGCUCGAUGAUCCUAGCGAUCGUACUUUUGCAUUUUUACCAAGCUCUACGGACGAGCACAGCGAGCAAAGCCCUCCAGUUCUCCUCCCAGUCAACUUUUGGGUCGAAACGGUCAUCGCGCUUCUUCAACGAGAGAAAAACUGGGACAUAUACAGCUAUGUUCUUGCUUACUUGGCGGCACAGCUUAUGAACAGGGAACUUUUCCGCAACUCGAUGCCCCAGAUCAAGCUCCUUCGAAGCGUUCUAUGUGAGCAAAUCAAAAACGAAAGCUUUCAGGAACCCCAUGGUUGGACUGGUGUAAAGAAAGGCGAUAUCGCUGUUUGCAUAUUUGCGGCUCUCACGAGACUCAUUGGUUUCCACCAGCAUUUUGCGAAGAGCGAGCAGGAUGAGACGGUUCGUACAUUUAUGCUUGGAAUUGGGUCCUGGGAGGCUACCGCUCGUGGCUGCAUCCAUGCACUCGCCGUUUGCUGUCACGAAACUCCGCUCUCGGUAACUAAGUCCCUGCACGCAAUCCUUGACAAAAUGUCGAAAGUCAUGACACGAAUGCAUAUUGCAGCCCAUAUCUUGGAAUUUCUUGCUCUACUCGCACGCCUGCCGGAUGUGUAUGUGAAUUUGAGAGAUGAGGAGAUUCGCACAGUAUUUGGGAUCUGUCUCCGGUAUAUCGAAUCGUCGAGAGAGCAGCGGUACAAAGCCAUGGACCCUUUGGCCACGCGGUCUGCUUCUCUUCCAACGCGACUCAGUGGCGGCGCGAAAGAAACCAUAUCCACUCCUGGAGCCUCUGGGGCGUCCGCUGUCGAUGCGAAUACUUCCGAUGAUCUAUCUAGAUACGUCUACCAUCUAACAUACCAUGUCAUGGUAUUUUGGUUCCUGUCACUCAAGCUACAGGAUAGAUCCAAUCAUAUCAGUUGGAUAAUAAAACGUCUUGUCUUCACCGAUGAAGCGGGGAAAGAAGUCAUUGAAGAGCAGAGCCAGGUUUUUAUGGACUUUAUGCAAAGAGUGGUAUUUUCAGACCUUGGUGAUACUAUUCCAUUCGAGCGAUUCCCACCGUCAGACAGCGAUGGACCAGUGUCCAAAAGGACUUGGAUUGUGGGAAUGAGUAUCGUCACAGUUGAAACAGCUGGUGCCUCCGGCCUGAGUCAGAUAACAAAGAGACAAGCUUCUGGCACAACCUAUGCUUCUUACCAGCAACGUACAGCCCCCGUUUUACCGCACCAGAUUCCGGUUAGCGCGUCGCCACAUUCCAUCACCGAUGAGCAAACCACGCGGAUCUUGCCUUCGCACAUCCUCCUUCAGUUGACGACUUCUGCAUUUCCCACCCCUGUGGUGACGCAGCCUCUUCCACUUCCCGACGACGAUUUCACUCGACGGGCAAUCAGCACUUUCGACAGGAACGACAUUGUGGAUGGACACAAAGUUGGUGUGAUCUACAUUGACCAAGGUCAAACUGAAGAGGUCCAGAUUCUCGCCAACACGUCUGGGAGCAGCGAUUAUGAAUUCUUCCUUGGCGGGUUAGGGGCAAAGGUGUCGCUCGAGAACGCGAAGUUCAACACCCAGGGACUGCAACACGGGACUGACGGCGAAUACACUUAUGCGUGGCGCGACCGAGUGACUGAAAUCGUUUAUCACAUUCCGACAAUGAUGCCCACAGAUUUAGCAGCGGAUCCAUAUUGCGUGAAGAAGAAGAUGCAUAUUGGCAAUGAUUUUGUCAAUAUCAUUUUCAAUCGAUCCAACAAAGAAGUUGCCUUUGACACCAUUCUCACGCAAUUCAACUUCGUCAAUGUCGUCAUCUCCCCAGUUUGCCGGGUGUCUCCCAAAGAAGUACCCAUUCACUCAAUUGAAGAUUUCUAUCAAAGCUUCUACAUCGUUAAAGUCGUAAGCAAACCAGGAUUCCCGGAGCUCUCACCAGCUGCUAUGCCCAAAGUGAUAUCAGGAAAGAACCUCGCUGCGUUUGUUCGCCUCAUCGCGCUCAACGCCUCCGCCUUCUCUCUCGUCUCCAGCCGCGGCGGCGAACACGUCUCCUCCUGGCAGAACCGACUCCGCGAAAUCCGCCGUCUUCGAGACCGCGCCUUCGACGCGUCGGUCGGAAGUUCAGAUGUAACCGUCGAAACUGUCUACGUUCCGCAGCGACGCCAUACGAAAGCGGCAGCCGUCCAGGUCGAAGAAACUCCACCGGCACAGGGCCUCCGGGCCAAUUUCGGCGCAGAACGGAACCUCUACAUCGAUAACAAUGUUUUUCAAAAUUUGGACUUCUCACGUUGGAGCAACAGCCGUCCAUAACCCUUUUUUUCCCCCUAUUUUGUAUCCAAGUUGUAAUUCUCUCUGGAUCUAAUGUCCCUGCUUCAUGGCUAUGUAGUUAACUGUCCCCCUCGCCCCCACAGUGUUUCCCCCCUCCCCCCAAAACACGGCAUUCCUCACGAGUUUUAUCUUUGUUCAUACCCCCCAUCCGUUCCUCGAAAAGUUUAGUUAUUCCCCCCCCCCCUUUUUUUUUUUUGCCUCUUUUCUCUUUAUUUGCAAAAAUUUGCAUUUUAACUACCCUGUACCUACACACUUCCGCGUGCGUAUAUUAUAUAUGUACUCCGUAUGUACUCCGUACUUCCCGCAUCUCUAUCUCGAGAAGACAAACAAAUAUUUCUCUUUCGCACAACGACAAUAGGGGUUAGGGUUCGCAAUCAGUUCCCGUCCCCUUCACAUGUUUUAUACCACUCAUACAGAAUGCGCAAAUACGAAAA